AUGUGUGGUUCCAGGAAUUUUCCAUACCAAUCAAGAAAGGUCAUUAGAAAUUCUGAGGGAAAGGGGGCUCUAAAUCGCCAAACUUUUUUAGGAAAGUCCAGAGGGGUAGGGGGUUCAAACAGGAGCUGAGAGUAUGGUUGUUUCUGGGAGAAAUUGAUAUUAAAAUGGUGCAGAACAAAGUAAUUGUUUUGUUUGGUUGUAGAGCCGUGAAAAAGAAAUAUCUCCAUGCCUGUAUGUGUCAUCAAAGAAGGGUGAAAAUUGCAGUGCAAUUGUAAGAGAAAAGUUGGAGUCAUUACAAUUUGAAGUGCACAAUGAAUCAAGCACUGCAGCAGCUACAAAGCUUUGUUCUACAACCAGAAUGUCUUUAAUUGUAUUAGAAGAUUGUGAAGAAAAAGCCUUCGUACAGACCAUCAAGUAGGUUACAAGUUCACUUGUACUUAUACAAUUAAAUGCAAAGACAGGUCAGCCGAAUGUAUGGGGCAGGGCAUUGCUUAUACAUUUCGUUGCUUUUGUACACCAAGAGAUACACUGUAUAAGCUCUACUAUUGACAACUCAAAUGGUUUUCAUUAUUGCUUGAUUUGUAUCUGUAAGAAUGCCAUCCAUCUGUAUGAUCUGUGAACAUGCAAUAAUGUAUUUAAAGUAGCAUUAUGACUUAGCAGGCAGAAAUUGUGAAUCGUUACUGAAUAGUACAAGUUUGAAAAAAUUUUCUUUACAGAGAUCAUAAGGAGGCAAGUCAUUUUUAGGAAUUCAUGUUUUGUUGUUAACAUCUCCUUGACCUUCCAGAGCUCCAAGUGCUUGCAACAAACAUACUCCUGUUGUGUACAUCUCUUCAGGACCCCUGUCAGGUAUCACGCAUAUGCCACAUGAAUUCAGUUUUAUCACACACAUUGUAAGUUGCUGAGUAUAUUAGCCUCUGUAGAGUCAGAGCGAUACAAAAGUCUAUUGCAAGCCUGAAAAAGCACUUAAAUGUCUAAAAGUCAGCUUUUUAUUAACUCCUUCGAUAUAACACUUAAUUAUUUCUGCUUUUCAUUCCCUUACCGAUGAAGAGUGAUAAAGCACCUCAGUUUGCUUAGAAAUCAACCCAUUUAUUCCUUUUUUCAGCAUUUGACAAUCAAGAAAUUUUUAGUAAGUCCUUUAGCUGCUUAGAAAGAGCAGUUUUCUUGGCUUGGCCAUCAUCUAGUUGCUGAAAGUGUGAAAAAUGCGUACUAUAAUGGAGCAAACAUUAACAGUACCUAAGGUAUUUGGCUAUAUAUUUCCCCUUACAAACAACAAAAUUGGUUACUUUAAAAGGAUGUAUUCCUCUUUUCCAGAAGAUCUCUUACCAAACAUUGAGUAUAUUGACUGUUUCAUAUAUGAAUUGAUACUGGUUUAGGUGUUGUGAGAGACUUGAUGCAAGAGCAGUUCAUUGAUGAGCUGGUAUUCAAGUGCUUGACACUGGAAGAUGAUCUGGGGAGGGCUGUUGCUCGUCUGAAAACACAGCCUGGGCAGUUUGCUAGUAAGUGCUCUAUUUAGACACUAGCUGUUAUUAAAAUAGACAGCAGACUCCAGCUAAUCAAACAGUGGAAAAUGCUAUCCAUGAAGUAUUUGGAGUGGUUUCCCCUAUAGCUAUCCACUGAAUAGUUAUUUGUCUGUUAGAGAGAAGGCCUUCAAAGGGGGGGGGGGGGAGGGGGUAUGCUGUCGCUUUGUUAUCCAUUUCUAAGACUGCCUGUGACCAGGUAGGUUAGUGGCGCAUUUUAGCUAGGAACAAAAUGUCGCCCUUGGUUCAGCAUAUAUUUCUGUGAUACUUGAUUCUUUUUUAAUUUACAGCAGAUAUAUUACCUGGAAAGAAUUAAUAGUUAUUUAAUUAAACUUUCUCUCUUGAGGGGACCAUUUUUGAACAAUACCAUGAUUAGAAAACUUUCCAAAGAAAAUUAAAAAAAGUUUGAAAUAACAGAAGAGAUCAGAGUUUGUCAUUUUGCUACUGAGACAGCCAAAAUGCAAAAGUGAACGGAUGAGGCUUUCACUACUUCAAAAUGGAUUGUCACUGUCACAAUUAUUUCCUCCUUUUGCAAUUGAUUGUUGGUGCUUUCUAAGAAGGUUGUCACCUAUUUCCAAGGCCAUGUUGCCUGUCACUUCCACUCCAUAGAAGCCCUCAGUUAGGGUCGUUAGGGCUAUCCAUCCCUCAAACAGCUGGGGCCAGAAAUAAGGCUGUGGUCUAAAAAAAGACAAUUUAAAAAAACAAUUAGCUGAAUAAGGCCAGGGUGCCAUCACUACUUAACAGUGCCUUUUCAACUGAAAAGAUCAUGUUGGACUUCUUUAAAAAAUUCGAUCAUAACUUGUCUGCAGUUACACCCAAGUCAAAAAGGUCUGUCCGCCCAAGAAAACGAACACCUGAUCAUGGAGCAGGCUUUUCAUCCCCAAAUUGCAUGUUUUCAGGUAGGUACCAGUGUUCAUUUAAGAGAAAACGUUUGAUUAAAGCUUAUAUAACAAGGUACUGAACAUUUUAUGUCAACUGGACGUUAUAACAAAAUAUAACUCAACUCAUCAUUGCACUGUUGAUCCAAGGAGUUAUCUAUGUAACAGUAAUAAGUGAAAAAUUGUAAUAAGUUAGACUCCUUUACUUUGAUAGGUGCAGCAACUUCAUCUGUUGUGUCACCAACACCACAUGGGUUGGAUUAUGCACAAAUAAAUUCUCUCAUAGCGACAACCCUAUUUAAGCAGCAACAAGACUCUGCUCAGCAUGAAAGUGAUCCUCAUCUCUUCUUAGAAGGUGCACUUUGCAGCAAUGUUCCUCAGCCAUGCCCUGGACUAAGCUUUCAUACUCAUGAAGAAAGCAACAAGAUGAUUAAACCAGACGGUUAUGCUAAAGGAAUGCACCCCUCAGGCAUUAUAGCAGAAAAUCAUUCUCUGCCGAACAUACAUCAGUGGUUUCCCUCCGUUACUAUUGCUGCUAAUGGCAGACGAGAAGUGAAAACACACAGCAAUGUCAAAAGGGAAGAGAAAUGUUUGGCUGGAGGCAAAGAGGAAGAAAAUAACAAGACCCCCGUAAAAGCCAGUGAUCAGCACUUUUCCUCACCCAGGUAACAAAUAUGGUUGCUAGAUGGGUGGCUAGUUAUUUGGGUGGGUGGGGAGGGAGAGUUGGAGGGUGGGUGGGUAGCUGGUUAAGGGGUGGAUGGAUGGCGGAGGGACCCUUCUUAAUUGUAAUUGUGAAGUCUGUCAAGCAUUAGAAAUGAAAUGAUUUUGUAACUAAGGAUAAAAAUAUUCGAGAAAUUUCACUCAUUGUUGAUACGAUAAUUAUUGUGCGUGCUUGCAUCUGCAAGGGAGUUCUCGCUUUUAAUGCUAGUUUACUAGUGGCAAAAGUACUCAAAUCGCAUUGUGUAAAUCGGCGUCGAUUUCCAAUUGAUUCUUCUUUCAAUUUCAUGGAUUCAAGUUUGGAAAGAAAAAGGAACACCCCGAAACAGACAAAACAGCGAAAGAGGUCAAGGUCAUCUGCUGCAGGCGGGACAGCUGCUGAGAGGAAAGAACUGCACUUAGACAAGGAAAAGAAACGAAGGUAUUGCCGAUAGAAUUGAGUUCAGUAAAAACCCGCAACUAAGAACCUGGUUUUAACAACUUGUUAGACUAAAAUGUGCCAUUUAGGCCCCCUCUCUAUAAGAACCUGCAUAGCCUAAACUUUGAAACAGAAAAACAAUUCUGUACACUUGGGCAACAUUCAGAAUCCUCUUUGGAGACAUAGGUGCCUCAUCACUCCAACUCACUGCAAUGUAAUGGUAUGCAGAUUUUAUGUAAGUAAAAAGCUGAGUAUACCACUAAAUACUCUUAGCUUCAUUGUUUAUUUUUUCUUCAGAAAAUAAGAACCAAUUUAAGAUCCUACAUAGCCUAAUAUUGUGCUAAUUGCCAUUUAUGUAAGAACCUGUUUAGGCUAACUAGAGAAAAAGGAGGUUCUUAGUCGCGGGUUUUUACUGUAUUUUAUAACGAUACUGUAUUUUUGAACGGAGCAUGCUAAUGAGGUUCAUCUGAAAAAGGGAUAAGUCCGUGCGCACUAUACUACUAACGUCGUGUCUAUUUCCGAUCUAAUCAGUUAUAAGCUUAGGGAAGGUGCCCCGUUUAUUUAGAGACAGUUAAAAAUUGGAGGGCAAAAUGGAGAAUGUUAAGCUUUUUUCAGUGUAUCACAUGUAAUACUACCAAUUUCUAUUAGUUUUUGCGAUAACGGUAUAAAACCAAAAAAUAGUAGUAAACUCGUUAUAGUUUGCAAUAGCCCUGAUAUUUGAAUUUCAGUUAGUUCUACCACUUCUCCCCGGAUAAAAUUAAGGGUGCGUUCCUUUGAGAUGAUCCGGAUCAGGAUCAAUGAUCCGAGAUCACUCGGAUCAUGGUAGAUCAAAUGAAGCGGUGAAUCCACUCUGGACAAGGAUUCAUCGAUUCAUUUGUUCUACCAUGAUCCGAGUGAUCUCGGAUUACUAAUCCUGAUCCGGAUCAUCCCAAAGCGGAACGCACCCUUUAAGUUCGUAUUCAACCGCGACAUCAUUACAGUGCAUAAGGGAGGUAACCUCUGCUUACAGGGUAGAGGUGAGGGGCAUCGCGGCCAAGUAUUUGAGGGAUUAAAGAGACGAAUGCGUGAAUAGCGCAGCAUUUCACGGAAGUAUGGAGUUAAGUAUUAGAGACAUUUAGAGUCACGUUUACGACAAACGUGACAUUCAAGUUAGGAAAAGAGCAGCUAAUGACAGGUCGAUACAAUUCUCAUGGAUAGAACCGAUUUUCGUGUAGUUACGAUGACAGUAAACCACAAGCCAAAGGGAGUACUUGGCCACGUUGUAAAAACUCGUGUUUGCCGUAAGCGCGACUCUAAAUCUCUUUAUUGUUACAGGGUAGCUAUGCCAUGAAAACAAAUGCGAAUACGAUAACUACACGUUUUUUGUCGCCCAUUGUGGCCAGAAUUGGCCACCUGCAAUCUGUAACCAAAAAGGAAGACAAAGUAUGAAUUGAGGCUGUAUGCAAAGACCAUGUCGUAUCUCUUUCUCCAGAGAACGAAUCACACAAUCAUGGCACUGGUUACGUCAGCUUGUACCUAACUGUGACGCGUAUGCAGACAAGGCUACAGUAUUUGAGAUGAGCGUUGCAUAUUUACACCACUGCUGGAAAUACCAUGCACCCAUUAUACAGCAAGUAAAUAAGGUGUGUUAUUUCACACCUACAUAUACAAUGGUAUAGUGAAGGGCCGUCUUAAGCGUUACGUGAAUAAAUGAUAAUGAUGGUAAUGAUGCAAGUGACGGAAGCCAGAUUUGUAGUUUAAAACAAAUGAUUGGGGCCAUUUAUACAAGGAAAAAUAAGACGCGUUUUAAAUAAGAUGUAAACUGUCCCGUUUUUGAAGCUACGUGUUACGUUUUUCUAGGGCCCGAAGGCAAACUUUACAACCCAAACCUGUUGAAUUGUAACACAGUUCGUAGAUCACAAACCAGCCAAUUUUGCCUCUUUAACUGAUAGUUUCAUUGUAAUCAUUUUCAUAAUAAUUGACACAAAACAAAAAGGUGCCGGGACGUCCAGGUAGUCGUUACACAGUUUCAUAUCGAGUACUCAAAGUGUGAACACAAGACAAUUUUGUGCCAGUAUACCUAGGCUCUGGUUCUCGUUUCCUUUAAAGAUUGGGGAGAGUCAGACUCGUGCUGAUGGAAUCUGACAUAGAGAUCAAACCUGCAGGGGUCAAUUCAGUGUUAUUUGUGUAGCCCUUACCUAGUGAUUCUGUGCAAUGUUCCUUUUUCUAAUAGGAAUUUCUGUUCCUGAAUACCAGCAACAUAUCCUCAGAAGAUAUGGAGAGAAAUAUUACGGAAAUUCUGGAAAAGGAAGGAAGAGCUUUCGGAACAAGUGUGGAGUCCGGAUCGUGUAAAGAAUCGUAA